CAAUUUUUUUGUUUAACCUGUGCCCACAAUCUGCACGCGGAAAGAAAUCAAUUCCACGUUCUGGAGCAAUGGAAGGUAACCAGCACCUGAAGGAAGUCGCCGUCUGUGACUGUGAAAGCCAUGCGGUUACUUUGGUGCGUAGUCAGUUCUGGCCAGGUUCACCUGAGAGACCGUCUGUGGGCUUCCAUUUUAAAUUAAUGGACCUUGCUGAAAAGUUAUUCUUGCACAGUCAGGUGUCUAUAAAGGAGUUUUCAGAAUUGAUUUUGGAAAUGACACCACCUUUGCAGCCUAAUUUUAUUCGUUCAUUGUAUGCCAUAUUAAACUCUGGUUGCUUUGAAGAGUACAGACAUUUCAAGUACAAGCUAAGGUACUUGGACUCCUUUGUGCCAGAACUCUACAAUGGUGCUGACUGCCCCUUGUGUCCCAAAGUAAGUUGUUCUACAUAAUUAUUUUGUUAUUAUUAGUGGUCUGCCAGCCUCCUUCAUGCUGUUUCUCAUUAGGCAACAGUU